ACUUGACAUUUAUGUACUAGAGUUUGGUUUAUGGAUAUAUAUAUAUAUAGCAGCCUUCAAUAAUUGAAUUUGAUUUUAACGCUCUGUGUUCUGUUAUCUGAAAGACAAAAUUUGGGAAUCUGAGUUGCAAGACAAAAAAAAACAUCUUGAAUUGAUUUGAACUGUGGUACAACUGGUGUGUGAUUUAUGGAUAUAUAAAUACAAUAAUAAUUAGAAGUGAUUUCGGUAGUUCUAUUAUUAUCUGAAUGUCAAAUGCGUCUUAAUUUACCAUAUAACUUAAAGUCACUUUGAACUGAUCUGUAGUAUGCUAGAACUCUAAUUUAGUUUAAGGAUACAAAACCGGAAUAAUAUUUGAAAUUGUUAUUUUAGUGUUACUACCCGAGGGACAAAUAUUUUUGAACCUAAGAUACAACAAAAGAACACUUUGAGUUGGUCUGAACUUUGCGAAAUAUUGUCAUGUACUUUAAUUAUGAACUCGCAUUUGGUUUAUGGAUAUACAGAAUCACUAAUGUUAUUGUAUUUCCUUGAAUUAAAGAGACGAAUGUUGUGAUAUUAUCGGGUAAAAAAUUAUCGACAUAAAGCAAUGAAGUUACCGGCUUGUUUAUCAUUAACUUACAUUGGUUUGUUACUUCUGACACUGGACAACGGUGCGUAUAAUAUUCCUAUAUUCGCAGAUUAUUCGUUAUAUUAUUCUGAUAGUGUAGAAAACGUAGGAAUGAUAUUAUCUGAUUGUACAGAAAGAGUAGAUUGUCUAAAAGUUGACAUAAUUGAUGAGAAUGAAGUUGGUGAUAUUAUUAGUGACCCUGGUACCAAAAAUAAUUGUAUAUCUAAUACAAGUAACGAUAUAAAUACAGUGUCAAAUGAGGUUCAAGUUCUGAGUCAAUCAACAGAUAAAAAUCAAAUAAAUAAUAAUACGUUUUAUAAAACGUCUACUACAACAGACAAAAAUUAUGAGCUUCAUAAGCUUGUGGAUUGUGUAAUGAAUGAUUUUGUUCCUUCGGAUGACAGUGAUGACAGUGAUAACCUAACUUUUGCAAAACGUGAUGAUAAUGUUGGAAACACAAUAGUUGAUGAUAUUCUUUAUAAAGAUAUGCCAGCAUUUCUAAUAAUAUCUAUUGUAAACGAUGAUGGAGAAGAUUACAAUAUUAAGGUUGAAAAUGCAGUUCAAGUCACAGGUGAUGAAAUUAUGUUGAACUACAACAAGGCAAUCGAGGCUCUAGCAGACUUCAUAAACAAAGAAGACAUGUCAUUAGAGGACAGCAAAGAAUGGAAUGAAGACAGCGAGCCCGAGGAACCUCAAAGAAUUGUGGAAAACGGUUACAUUUUUUACGACAUGGGCUCACAGGAAUAGGGAGGACAUCGGGGGAUGAUACAGGGACUUCGAUUUAUCAUAUUUUCUUGUCUAUUUACUUAAAAAUCAUUAUACAAUUUCUUAUAAUAUGUUAAAUGGAAUUCCUGUCUGCAUCCAUAAAAAUGUACUCAUAAGUUAAAUGAAUAUUGAUCAACACUGUGAAGAAUAUACCAGACACUACAGAGCUGAAACUUCUAAGAUAUUGUAUUAAUUGUAGGCCAUGUCGAUGUGUUAAAUAUUGUAACUACUCGAUCUGUGAUUGGAAAUUAUUUAUAUUCUACAUAAAUAUUAAAGAUGGUUAGCAAUGGACGCCGGUGAAGGGGGGUAAGCUAAGCAUCUGCCCACAUGGAAUUUUGAAAAAAUCAAAAUUGCGAAAAAAAAGUAGUACCAACUAUUAAUACAAAUUAAUUGGAAAUUGAUUUUGAAACAUAUACCUCUACUUAUCUCCCUUCUUGCCAGACCCUCUUGGAGGAAACUCUGGCGGCACCCAUGACAGGGGCUCACGACUGUAUCUGUAAUGCGCGCAUUUAUAGGCUAUUAAUUAUUCCAGGUGUAGCAAAACAAAAUUUGGAUAUAGAAAUCAUUCGUGUAUAAUAUAAACUACUUUAAUAAAAAAUUAGAUACUAAAAACUUCAAGCAA